AUGCGGUGUGCAGCUGCGCGUUGCUACGAAGCCCAGCUGGCUGCGGGCUCCGCUCAUGCGGUGUGCAGCUGCGCGUUGCUACGAAGCCCAGCUGGCUGCGGGCUCCGCGCAUGCGCUGUGCAGCUGCGCGUUGCUACGAAGCCCAGCUGGCUGCGGGCUCCGCGCAUGCGCUGUGCAGCUGCGCGUUGCUACGAAGCCCAGCUGGCUGCGGGCUCCGCGCAUGCGGUGUGCAGCUGCGCGUUGCUACGAAGCCCAGCUGGCUGCGGGCUCCGCGCAUGCGGUGUGCAGCUGCGCGUUGCCGUGGAAGCGGCGCAUGCCGGGGGCUCGGCCUUGCAGGAGCGCAAGCGCCGUGAGGCGCAGGGCGGUGUCGCGCAUGUGCUCUGCAGCUUGAGCCGGGCCCCGCGGCGGCGGUCGGAGGGGAUCCGGGGCGGUCGGAGCCGAGUCGAGCAGAACCGAACCGAGCAGGUGGUGAGGCUCUGCUCAGCACCUUGGAGUGGCACAGCUGGAUUAGAGAAGUCAUAUUCCUCGCAGUUCUCUCUCCAUUUCAAACAGGACAAAGCCAGAGCUACCCAAUUGGAGAAGGAACAUCUCUCAUGGACAUAUUACAGAGGGCUUCUCAGAUGCUCAGAACACCCAGCUCAAAUGCCAAGGGGAGACAGACAGAGCCGAGCUGAACUCAGGAAGCUGUGGCCUGGAGAGCCUGAGACGCAGCAUCUGGCAGGCUUCUGAGCAGCCCUGGGUGCCAUCCCCUCUUGGGGGAAGCAAAACCACUCAUGUUUCCCGGGAAAGGUUCAGUCUCUUUCUCACACAAGGAGUCAGCAAAUCAAUUCCUCCGAUGAGCCUGAUCCAAGACAUGUUUUAGAACAGCUUCUAUUGCAUCUGUGGGAAGUGUGAAGGGAACUGGGCAUCAUGUCUGCCGAGACACAGAAAACAGUCUUGCACGUGGCAGGAGAGUAGUGAAGCUGCAAAGGCGCAGGUGUUCUAAUGACAGCGUGGAUGUGAAUGAACCAGUGUACCAGCAGGCCUAAAAACAUUCCAGUUGGACAUGAUUCUGGUGUUUUAAACCAAAACGUUAAGAAUGCCACAGCUUGCCAAGGAAAGACACAUAACAAACUUGCACUCCAUUUGCAUAGCUGGAUUUUUCUGGGGAAAAAAGCCUGCAAAAAAAAAGAAGCUGCUCACGUGAGUAUGGAAGUGUAAAAAUAUCUGAAUUGCCUUUUAAUAUUGGAAUCUCACCAAGAAUAGCAGAAAGUGGCUCUCAGACAUCAAAGUAGUGAAUUUCCUUUUAACAAUGAAAGAAUCAUGUUGUUGGUUUUUUUUAAUGCAAUAAAAAUCCUCUGACCUGGAGAGAUAAGCAGGGAAUAAGCAUCACAAAACUAUAAAAUGUUCCUGCUGUUCUGUUUGUACCUAAAUGUUUGACUGUUAAUCAUGGAAAGUCCUAAGUCAGACCAGCUCUUCUAACAGACAAACAUAGCAAUUAGAAGUGGCAGUGGACGUCACUGAACGUCAAUGGCCUGGUUUCCACAGGGAAAGAAAAGAGUCCAGUCAUAUUUGGACACUUUUCAUAUGAAACACAUCGGUAGAUCUGUAGUAUCCAAAGUGACAGAUGUUUUCUGAGUUUUUCCUUUGUUUUCCUCUUUUCUUUCUCCUCUUCUACAUACUUUGAAGCAGACUCCUUCAUUCUGCAUCUCUGCAACCUGAUCAUAUAGUGCUGAAAGCAGUAAUUAGUGAUACUGGAAAACAAGUAUGUAGGUCUUAGUAAAUUUUCCACCUCUAUUUGGUAUCUUGCUAGUAAGUCAGCAGUGAGGGUGGUACCUUUUCCAAGAUCUAGAUCUGUCACUUACUUUUCCACUAUUCAGUUACCACUCAGGCAUGCUGCUGUCUGGUCUACUGACUGCCCACAGAUUCUCCCCAUGCUGACUUUUAAUCUCUUCUAGAAGUUAUGCCCUCCAGCAGGACUCUGAAAAAGCUAUCUUGUUUUAAGAACGCAGUUCUCUUGUGGUGAGCAACAGGAUUUCAGGGGAAUCCUGAAAAUGCUGUACUCUCAAAGAGCAGUUUUUUACAUGCAGUCUGACAACCUGGAGUGCAAAACCUCCAUGUGCAGAGAAGUCAAGUGAUUACAGAAAUGGCACCAAAUAUGGAGAGGAACUUAAAAAGUUAAUGUGGAUGUGUUUUCUCAAGUAAAAGCAAACAGUUUGGAUGCAAAAGGAAAGCAAAAUGCAUUCCUACUCUGUCCUAUCUGCGCUCUUUGUCCCUGUUCACAUUGAUUUUAAAAGACUUGACUUAAAAAAUCAUCCUGCUCUGUGAUGAUCACUCCUUCAGCUAGACUCCCACAUAGUAUCAGUCAUUAAAGGAAAUCCAAAGCACACUUUAAAGACUAUUCCUAAUGUUGAGCUCUGCAAGUCCUCUUGCAAUAAAUACUAGACUGCAUUCUAGAAAAAAAAA